CAGUCUUGUCUGUACACACUCAGCGCGGGAUGGAAGCGCGAUGCAGGUGGGCUGGGCGUCGUGCGAUGGCCCAUCCGCCCUGCCGCCUCGUCAUCGGUUCCUGAGCGACUUUUGGGGCGGUACAAGAAUAGCACGAUAGGCCCGAGCAUCACGCUUGCUUGAGACGACGCAUCUUUGCAUGCACAUUUCCUUUUCAGCGCCACGGCAUCAUGGCAGUCUCUCUGGGCACCGUCAUACAGUACUUGUUCUACACCGUCGUUCUCUAUGUUCUCGUCGGUGCACCCAUUUCGCGCAUUCUCUUCAACCCCCGGGCUACCGAGUCUGCCGAUACCGUCACUGAGUUCAUCAACAGCGACCGCCUGGCCAUCCCGGACGAGAGCCUCGUCUGUCCCGAGCAUCACUAUCAGACGCAUAUCCUGAACCGAGACCCCCUCGUCAUCUACAUUGAAGACUUCUUGAGCGGUGAAGAAGCAAAGCACAUCAUCGACAUCAGCGAAGAAAAUUUCAAGCCUUCGACCGUGUGGACGGGCGAUGAGGAGCGCCUUGACCCCAGCGUCCGCGUCUCUGAAAAGGCACAGCUCGACCGCACCAAUAUAGUCCGCUGCAUCGAAGAGCGCGCCCGCAUCUUUCAGGGAUGGCGCCCCUGGACAUUUAUUGAAAAGCUCUGGAGUCAACGCUACGGCCCCGGCGGCCAUUACGUCCAUCACUUCGACGGGCCCGCUACUACCUUUAGAGGUGGCAUCAUCGGCGGGCGCAUCUCGAGCUUCAUGGUCUAUGUCGACGCUAACUGCACCGGUGGCGGCACCAAUUUCCCUGUGAUGCCAAUGCCGGAGGACAAGAAAUGGUGCGAGCUCCUCGACUGUGAGGACUCGGAGCACGAAGGCGUCACGUUCAAGCCGAUCUCUCGCAAUGCCGUCUACUGGGAGAAUUUCCGCGCGGACGGCAGCAUGUACGAGGAGGCGUGGCAUGCCGGGCUGCCGGUCAUGACGGGCACGAAGGUUGGGCUGAACAUCUGGAGCUGGGCGCAGCCGGGGUAUCGGCCGCCAAAGGAAGCGAAGGAGACGGAGGAGGCGAAGGAGGAGAGGUCGUUGGAGGAGGAGAAGACAGAGUUGUGAGGGCGAGUGAGGCGAGGAUAAACUCACAUGUUGAAACCAGCACAGCCUCGGGAUCCUCACCGGUCCGCGCGCACGCGCCAGAGGUGGCGGGAUUCACCCUGUAGAUGUGGCCAUGUAGACGCCCGAGAGAAAUGGGCCCUUUUGUAUCAAAAGAAUAGAGGAUCAGCCAUUGAGAAGCACGUGACGG